CGCAGCCGGUAUUUGUCGUCUGCAAGCCAUUGAUUAAAAGUACCAUAACAAGGAAGCAUGGCGUUGUCAGCUGUGAUUGCAGGAAAGGAGGACAAACUUCUGCAGAAGGAUGAUGGACAUCCUAGUCAUAGUUAUUUUGAGCAGAAAAAAGUCGAGCUUAACAUAUUAGCAAAUUAUGAAAAACUAAAGGAAGACUCUGAUGUUUUCUCACAUAUCAAGCUGUACAAAUCAAAGCAUCUUUCAUAUCUAAAGAAGGCCAUGCAACAUUUGUCAGCUUCGUACGAGUGUCUAGAUGCAAGCCGACCAUGGCUAUGCUUUUGGAUUACACACUCUUUAGAAUUACUGCAAGAACCAAUUCCUGAAGAAAUAUGUGAGAGGAUUGGCCAAUUUUUAGAUAAGUGUCAAAAUCAUGAGGAAGGUGGAUUUGGAGGUGGUCCUGAUCAAUUACCUCAUCUUGCCCCUACAUAUGCUGCAGUUUGUUCACUGUGUAUUUUGGGAAGAUAUUGGAAAGGCGCAUAUGAUAUAAUUAACAGACAAAAACUUGCAGAGUUUUUAACAAAAAGAAGAAUGGAUGAUGGUUCUUUUACAAUGCAUAAAGAUGGCGAGGUUGAUAUUAGGGGUGCAUACUGUGCUGUCGUGUCCGCAAGAUUAUCAAAUGUUUUUACAAAAGAGAUGUUUGCUGGUACUGCAGACUGGCUUGCGAAAUGUCAAACAUAUGAAGGAGGGUUUGCUGGCUUGCCUGGUUUGGAAGCUCAUGGAGGUUAUACAUAUUGUGGUUACGCUUCGCUGGCGUUGCUUGGCCAAGAACAAAAAAUAGAUUUAAAAAGAUUACUGAAAUGGACUGCAUUUCGACAGAUGAAACUGGAAGGAGGUUUCCAGGGGAGGACAAAUAAAUUGGUGGAUGGAUGUUACUCUUUCUGGCAGGGUGCAUUAUUUCCCAUCAUUCAUAGCAUCUUACAAAUGUAUAGCGACGAGAAUAUCAGUCAGGAGAAAUGGAUGUUUGAUCAAACUGCACUCGAACAGUACGUUUUAGUCAACUGUCAAUGUGCUAAUGGUGGUUUACGUGACAAACCGUCCAAAGGGAGAGAUUUAUACCACACGUGUUACUGUUUGAGCGGUUUAUCUAUAGCAGAGCACUUCAUCGGAGAUGGUGUCAGUAGGAGUGAAAUUUUUGGUGGAUCCAGAAAUUUACUGAAACCGAUUCAUCCGAUUUUUAAUGUUUGUAUUGAUAGUGCUGAAGAUGCUUUAAAUCAUUUUAAACAUUUACCUGUUCCGACUGUAAUAUUGUGAUGAAUGUAUGUGUUGUAAUUGAAGAUAUCCUCUUUGUAA